UUCACUUUCAACACGUGUAAACAAAAAAAAAGUGGUAAUGUGUAAAAAUUAUGAUUUUUUGUCUGAAUAAUCAGUGUAUGACAUGUAAUUCUUUUUACUGUGGUCGAAAUGAAGCGUUCGUAUGGAGAAAUAGAGGACGAUCCUUCGUGUGGGGCCAUCAAAAAUAAAUAUCGAAGACAAGAUCAAACUCCUACAUGUACUUCUUUAAAAACAAGACCAAACAGUUUGUUUAAAGGAACGGGCAAUUUUCCAUUUUUUAGACAGCCGACAGAAAUAGGCUGUUUGUCUCUAGACAUAAAAAGGAAUUUCCAUAAUGACAGGAGUCAGUUAAAAUAUUAUGUAGAACCAAGAGACAUUGAGAGUGUUAAUUUUGAUUUAAGAAAAGGUUAUGAUAAUUUCAUAGAAAAGGAUGAACAUUCAGAAGAGUAUAUCAAUGAUAUAUUGAAGUGGAUCCGUUGUAACAGAGAAAAGUUUCUGCUGGAAGAUGAGAAGAAAAAGUCAGACAAAGAAAAGGGAAUGAUUAGGAAUAUUCAUACUGAUUUUGUUUGCUGGAGGGGACUUCUGACAAAGCUGCUCUGCACUCCUUAUGAAAACAGGGACGGAUGGCUUAUAGCUGUGACUCGGUACAAAGACACAUUUUACAUGUGUGAAUUUGAUACUGAAAGUCGAAAACGUCAGAAGCAAGAAAUGUCAGAGAGGCAAAAGGAAAUGUCUUACUGGGGCUGGAAAUUUGAACAGUAUGUAACUUCGGAUAAAUCAGAUGGUGUUCCAAACACAGAGGAGCCAGUCAAUAAUUGUGAGGCAUUCUGUACAGUGGUCAGAUCAAGGCUGGAGAAGCACUCGCUGUUGUUCUCUGGAGAAGUUGAUGCAAUUGAUCAUCAAGCAGCUGAUUCAUGUAAAUAUGUAGAAUUCAAGACAACAAGGCAGCUAGAUAAUUAUAGACAAGAAAGGAACUUUAUCAAGUUUAAGUUAAUAAAGUGGUGGGCCCAGAGUUUCCUGGUGGGUAUUCCAACUAUUGUCUGUGGUUACCGUGACGAUGAUGGGGUAGUUCAUAGCCUAGAGAAAAUGAAAACUCUGAAAAUUCCUCAGCAAGCCAAGAAUGAACGCGAUGGUUGGGACCCAGUGAUUUGUUUUAAUUUUCUGGACAAAUUUCUCUCUCAUGUGAAGAAAACCUGUGUCAAAGAUGACCCCAAGACAGUUUACUUGUUUGAAUGGACACCCCCAGGAGAGAUAACCUGUUCUAUUCAGGACCCUGGCUCCAGAUUUGAGUUCCUGCCUCAGUGGUAUACAGACAAUGGCUGAGUGCCUGAUGAACAAGUGUGAUCUUAUUCCUAGAACAGCGAGAGCCAAAUUCUCACAAAUAUCCCCUUAAUACGGGCCAUGUCUACCACACUGAAGAACUCCAUUCUUACAAACUUAUUAUGAUUUAUUUGAUAUAACACAGUUAUCAAAAAAUGUUGAAAAUACAGAUACUGGUACAUUUAUGAUGUUAAUAAAGUAAAUAUAUUGCACUUAUUUUACUGUAUAUGUUUUUCCUAUAAGUUAUAAGAAUGUGAAAUGUAACACUUUUUAAGUUAUACUACACAUGUAUAGCACAUAAAGUCAUAAACAGAGGCAUCCAGCUUCAUAAAUUCAUACAAAACCAUACU